GGGGGGGCGGGCGGCCCCUUCGGAAACCCCAGGAAGUUCAAGUCAUCGAAGAAGAAGCGGUCUUCCCCCCCCUGCGCGCCGGGGGUCGAGGUGUUUUGGUCGCGGCGCGACAAGGACUUCGCGCUCGUCUGGAUGGCCGUGUGGUCGGCACUGUGCUUCUUCUCCACGGCCUUCACCGUCCUCACCUUCCUGCUGGAGCCUCACCGCUUCCAGUACCCCGAGCGCCCCAUCAUCUUCCUCUCCAUGUGCUACAACGUCUAUUCGCUGGCCUUCCUCAUCCGCGCGGUGGCCGGGGCCCAGAGCGUGGCCUGCGACCAGGAGGCGGGCGCGCUCUAUGUGAUCCAGGAGGGCCUGGAGAACACGGGCUGCACCCUCGUCUUCUUGCUGCUCUACUACUUCGGCAUGGCCAGCUCCCUGUGGUGGGUCGUGCUGACGCUCACCUGGUUCCUGGCAGCCGGCAAGAAAUGGGGCCACGAGGCGAUCGAGGCCCACGGCAGCUACUUCCACCUGGCGGCCUGGGGCCUGCCGGCCCUGAAGACCAUCGUGAUCCUGACGCUGCGCAAGGUAGCCGGGGACGAGCUGACCGGGCUCUGCUACGUGGCCAGCAUGGACGCGGCGGCGCUCACAGGCUUCGUGCUGGUGCCCCUCUCCUGCUACUUGGUGCUGGGCACCAGCUUCCUCCUGACUGGCUUCGUGGCCCUCUUCCACAUCCGCAAGAUCAUGAAGACAGGCGGCACCAACACAGAGAAGCUGGAGAAGCUCAUGGUCAAGAUAGGGGUCUUCUCCAUCCUGUACACGGUGCCUGCCACCUGCGUCAUUGUGUGCUACGUCUAUGAGCGCCUCAACAUGGACUUCUGGCGCCUUCGGGCAACAGAGCAGCUGUGUUCCCCAGCCAGUGUGCCGGGUGGCCGGAGGGACUGCUCGCUGCAAGGAGGCUCAGUGCCCACUGUGGCUGUCUUUAUGCUAAAAAUCUUCAUGUCGCUGGUGGUGGGCAUAACCAGCGGUGUCUGGGUCUGGAGCUCCAAGACGUUCCAGACCUGGCAGAGCCUGUGUCACCGCAAGAUGGCAGCUGGCCGGGCCCGGGCAAAGGCCUGCCGGGCCCCAGGAGGCUAUGGCCGUGGCACCCACUGCCACUAUAAAGCUCCCACCGUGGUCUUGCACAUGACUAAGACGGACCCCUCUCUGGAGAACCCCACACACCUCUAGGUACACAGGCCUACUCAGGGCGGCUGUUGCCCCCUCCUCUACCCCCCUCCCCCUCUGGAGGAGACAGCUGACUAGCAGCUGCCCAGCUGUCAAGGUCAGGCAAGUGAGUGCAAGGGGGCUGAGGACCAGGGCAGGGAGACUCUCCUUCAACCCUCACAUGUGAGGACCCAGUGAGGCUCACUCCCCUGUGGCCUAACGCAGGGGGUGGCCUGGCUAUGUCCCCACAGUGUCCCAGGGGAGCAUGUGGAGAAGGGGCAGGAGGGGGCAGGGUCCAGCAGGGAGUUUAUUUAAUGAUGUAAUUUAUUGUUGAGUUUCUCUGGAAGCUGUGACUGGAAUAAACCCCCAUGUGGCA